AUGGACAAAAAACCGUGCAACUCAUCUCAAGAUCCUGAAGUGAGAAAGGGGCCAUGGACCAUGGAAGAAGACUUGAUUUUAAUCAAUUAUAUUGCAAAUCAUGGUGAAGGUGUUUGGAAUUCCUUAGCCAAAGCUGCUGGUCUUAAACGUACAGGAAAGAGUUGCAGACUUCGAUGGUUAAACUACCUUCGUCCCGAUGUUAGAAGAGGGAAUAUUACACCUGAGGAACAACUUUUGAUCAUGGAACUUCAUGCAAAGUGGGGAAAUAGGUGGUCCAAAAUUGCAAAGCAUCUUCCUGGAAGAACUGACAAUGAGAUUAAGAAUUUUUGGAGGACAAGGAUACAAAAGCACAUUAAACAAGUUGAUAAUCCUAAUCAACAAAAUUAUCAACCACAAAUGAGUUUAGACAUAAAUGAUCAUCACCAUUCAAGUAGUAGUCAAGUUUCCAACAUUGUAGAGCCAAUGGAAACUUACUCUCCAACUUCAUAUCAUCAACAAGGAACUUUGGAACCAUUUCCAACUCAAUUUCCAAUAAUCAAUGAUCAUCAAUCAAGUUGUUGUACUAAUGACAACAAUACCAACAAUUAUUGGAGCAUGGAGGAUAUCUGGUCAAUGCAAUUACUCAAUGGAGAUUAA